GUUCGAACGCGCGAAGCGAAUCCGUCGCCAUCUAGCGGUUGCGCGCCAAUAGACUGUAACAGACGGUCAGCGAACGAGGAAAUAAGAAAAGAGAGCGCGGAAGACAGAAAGCGAGAGACAGAGAGACAGAGAGCGAGAGGGAGACAGUGAUAACUGAAUAAACUCAGCGCGGGAGGACGGGAGGAGCGGAGUCAGGUUGAUACGCGCCGGGAUCGAGCAUCGAGCCGGGAUAAUAUCCGAGCGAUGCGCUGAACCGCGUCCUUCACGGCGAAUUUCCCGUCCUCGUCGCGGUCGGCGAGAGACGUUCGACCGACGGUGAGCAUCGUCGACGAGUGCCGUUGACCGCCCCGGGUGACCGUGUCCUCGUCGCUGCGCAUCACUCGGACGGCGCCGACCUGCGCGUAAAUGGCGCCGUAAUGAUGUUUGGAGUAUAGAUGUUGCCGAAGGAGGAGACAAGAGUCAGCAACAUGACUGAAGGUGCGGAGACUCAGCCGAACGCUGGGAACGAGCCCCAAGCAGAGGCCUUGGAACCAAGAACAAAUCACAACGAUGGGUUACACGAGGGAGCGGAGUCAACGUCGCAAGCUGCUCUUGAACCUAUGCAGGAGCUUCUUAUGGUUCAUGGUGCGACGCAGGGAGAGAGCAGCGAUGCUGUCAGUAUUUAUACUGCCAGUACUUCGGUGUCCGGUAACGAGUCGAGCUCUAGCAGAGUCAGUGCGAUAACUGUGGUCUUGCCCUGGGGUGCUCAGAAAGAGACGGUGAAGCCGCAGCAAAUAGGAGAUAUGGAUCUGAGACCGGGAGAAUACGUGAUGCGUAUUCUCUUUGCGGAAUUCACUUCGCAGGCGGAGAAAAAGAUGGAGGCUGUUAUGACGGAACAUGAGAAACAACUAUCGAAAGUGCUGCAAAGAGGAGAGGAUCCGCAAUUCGAUCAACUGUUAUCGGCUUUCGGUUCCGUCGCCGAACAUUGUUUACCUUCGAUAUUGAAAGCCCUUUUUAAUUGGUACGAACGUCAGCUUAUUGACCAAGGUGGUGAUCAAAAGAAACCUACCCCCGGAAAGGAAGACCAAAAAGGGAAGAGUAUUAUGUAUACAAUAGUAUCGGGAAGUGUGGAAACGGUGGAGAGAAGUGAAGCAGAUCUCUUGCAAGAGCGUAGAGAUCUUGCUGUCGAAUUUAUAUUUUGUUUAAUGCUGAUCGAAGUUUUGCGUCAAUUACCGUUUCAUCCUGGACACGAGGAUCUAGUAACAUAUAUAGAAAAUAUCGCUUUUAAGCAUUUUAAGUACAGAGAAGGUAUACAAAACGAACCGAACGCAGCUAAUAUUCACAUUAUUGCUGAUCUCUACGCUGAGGUGAUAGGAGUUCUGGCGCAAUCCAGAUUUAUGUCAGUGAGAAAACGCUUUAUGGUAGAACUGAAAGAAUUGCGAGCUAAAGAGCCAGGACCCCAUACUACACAGAGCAUUAUUUCCUUAUUAAUGGGAAUGAAAUUUUUCCGAGUCAAAAUGGUACCGAUUGAAGAAUUUGAGGCAUCAUUUCAAUUUAUGCAGGAGUGCGCUCAAUAUUUCUUAGAAGUGAAGGACAAAGACGUUAAGCAUGCUUUAGCUGGUCUUUUUGUUGAAAUACUCGUGCCCGUUGCUGCUGCUGUGAAGAACGAAGUAAACGUGCCGUGUUUGAAAAAUUUUGUGGAAAUGUUGUAUUCAACAACAUUAGACAUGUGCACAAAGUCCAAACAUAGACUGGCGCUCUUUCCCUUAGUAACCUGCUUGCUUUGCGUUAGCCAGAAAACGUUCUUUUUACAAAACUGGCAUUACUUUUUGGCUAUGUGUCUCUCUCAUUUGAAAAAUCGCGAUCCAAAGAUGUGUCGAGUUGCAUUAGAGGCUUUAUACCGUUUACUCUGGGUUUACAUGAUACGGAUCAAGUGCGAGAGCAAUUCCGCCACGCAGAGCAGACUGCAGAGCAUAGUGAACUCUUUGUUUCCAAAGGGAUCGAAGGCGGUAGUGCCGCGCGACACGCCGCUCAACAUUUUCGUAAAGAUUAUCCAAUUUAUCGCGCAAGAGAGACUGGACUUUGCGAUGCGUGAGAUAGUGUUCGACCUGCUGUCGGUCGGUCGACCGGUGAAGAUAAUUUUGACUCCCGAACGCAUGAGUAUCGGCCUGCGGGCGUUCCUCGUCGUAGCCGACAGCUUGCAGCAGAAAGAGGGGGAACCACCUAUGCCGCGCACCAUGGGUGUCUUGCCGAGCGGGAAUACCAUGCGCGUUAAAAAGACGUAUUUGAAUAAAAUGCUGACGGAGGACACCGCGCGGAGCAUAGGAAUGUCUUCGUACUUUCCGCACGUGCGCCGAGUGUUCGUGGACAUCCUGCGCGCGUUAGACGUUCACUACGGUAGACCUCUCAUGAUGACCAGCACUCAGAAUAUGAACAAGGAGCCGGAUGAGAUGAUCACCGGAGAACGCAAGCCUCGAAUAGACCUCUUCCGCACGUGCGUCGCCGCUGUCCCGCGACUGAUCCCCGAUGGCAUGACCGGCGCGGAAUUGGUCGACUUGCUGGCUCGUCUGACAGUACACAUGGACGAGGAACUGCGCGCAUUGGCGUAUCAAAGCUUGCAGACUCUGGUAUUGGAUUUUCCCGAUUGGCGACAGGAUGUCGUGCUUGGCUUCACACAGUUUCUAGCCAGGGAUGUGCAGGACACCUUUCCGCAACUUAUUGACAACGGUCUGAGAAUGCUGCUGCAAUUACUGACCAGUUGGAAGAACGCCCUGACGAGUCCCAGUAUAAGAUCCAAGGAACAAUCGGUGGAUCCUGCACGGGUGAAUAUACGAGUGGACGUUGGCAUCAAGAAAUGCGAAACCGGCCAGAAAGUAGAACCUGUGUCGAACAUAUUCUAUCUGGUGGAAGGAUUCGCCUUGGUCAUGCUCUGCAAUUGUCGCCUUUAUCCCCGACGAUUGGCUGUUCACAUACUUCGGGAGGUCAAGCUUUUGCUGAAGACUUUAGGAGGACUCGAGGAUGAUCAACCAGUUAUCGACGUGAUUGACGCUUGCUGUCCCGCCGUCUUGGAAAAAUGUUACCCUAUGUUACCGCCAGCUGAGAAAGCAGCCGCCGCGUCGACGUCUAACGUGGAUUUGCAGUGGAUAGCCGACAGAAGUAGUUGUGUUUGGACAGCUGGGUUCCACGACGAGAACAGCACCAAGAGUUCGUCCUCGCUCAAUCUGAAUGGGGCCGAUCCGUGGGCCAGUUGUCUGUUCGCCUUCCUGGAAAAGGACAGAGUGCUUACGCUGUGCCCGAACGCCGUCGCUCAUUCUUGGCCCAUUGUGUUCACUCGUGUAAACUCCCUGUUCUCAGUGGUGGAUCCCACGCCGGUGAACGACAAUCGCGCUUCGUUAUUGCGAAGUUCGACGACAGUGAGAAAGCCAGUAAACGAGAGAGAUGUUUAUAUGCACAUCUGGAAAAAUUAUCUGACCUUUGGAUACAGAGUCGUGCCACCAGUGCCGAAUCCAGUCGUUCGAUGCGCCAGUCCGGAUCUGAGUCUUAGUGGUCAGCAUACGGUGGAGUUUGGUGUGUUGUGCAUGAGUAAGGAGUUGAGUCAGAGCCUGGAGAAUCUCGGCGGGGCGCAGACCCUGCCGGGUCGGUUCUCCGUACCGUCCAUUUCCGGCAUCUACACCCGGCACAAGCGUACCAGCUCCUCGCCCGACAGCCUGUCCGCGGAGCGUGGCGACAACAAGUCACCGGGGACAAACGCGAGUCCCGCGGCCCUGUACAAGCUGACCGUACCCUUGCUGAGAUGCGAGGCCGUCGACGUCAGGGAUGCCGCGGUGCAGGCGAUUGGGAAAGUGAACGCCGACGCUCUAAAAGACUUGAUGGAGGAACUGGUACCUUACAUCCGGGAAGCGGUCGAUCGGAAGCAGGAGAAUAUGAGGCGGCGAAGAAGACGCGACGCUCUGAGACUGCAGCUGGUAAGAGUGCUGGAAUUGAUCGCAGAGUAUGGGACGUUCGGCAUCUGCCCAGCGGUACUAGAUCGCGAGACGCAGUCCUUGCAUCCGACUUUCGUCGAGUACAUAGACGGUGCGCGCGUUUACCUGGAAAACGAGACCGACAAGGAAGCGCCCGCCGUGCGAGACAUCAAGUUGCACUUCUGCAACUUCAUGAGGAAGAUGAUCAAGAGCUUUUCACUGGAGAUCUGCUACACUUUGUUAAAGAGGGACUUGAGGAGAAAUCUAUUCAUGCUCUUCGCUAGUUGGGCCGGUGUUUACGGCCGGCCGCUCACGAGCACGUCUUCCAUGCAAGAGGAGGAAAAGUCUUGCACGGAAUUGCAGCUCUCAGCCUUGCAAGCUAUGAGCGGAUUACUCUGUUGCGGGUCGUGCUUCAAUCCGCAGUCGCUCUCGGAGGAGGGCGCGAUUUUGUAUCAAUGGCUGGACUUGUUACUGGCCAGUAAAGACGAGAAGAUUUAUACGCUUGCACGCGAAACCGUCGUGUUGUUGCUCGAGGGAAAUCCCGAUAUCGGUACACUUUUGGACUGGGUGGUGGAUCGAUGUUAUACUGGAGCACCGCAGGUGGCCGAUGGCUGUUUUCUCGCGUUGGCAACGAUUUUCAGCGCCAGGGAGUAUCCUUGCGACCAUUACACGAGUGUCAUCAACGUAACAUUAAUGAAUACAGGAUGCCCCCGCGCUCCGGUCCACGAUGCGGCGCUUCAGCUUCUUCAACUGUUGGACCAACGCUUUUUUGGAAAUGUGGGUCCGCUUCCAGCCACAGAACUCGAAGCUGGGCACAACGAUCCUCUCGCAAGCUGUGCCGCCACCGUAACUUCCGGGCCGGGUCAACAAAGCAAUCCUGCAGGUGAGAUUUCAUCCGGCGGGACGAUCAGAGGUGGCACACUGGAUGUCCUCCUGUCGACCACUUAUUGCCGCAGCCAAAUGUAUCUUUCGCGUCAACUGGCUCAAUUGCAUCCGGAACUCACGAUGCCGAUGUUCAGCGAAAUUACGCAUCGGUUUCAAACAGCCCGUCGAGAAGUUCGGCAAUUGCUACUGCAAUAUUUGUUACCCUGGUUGCACAACAUGGAAUUGGUCGACCCAAACGUACCGCCACCGUCUAAUCCGCUGAGUUAUUACCAGUAUUACACGAGCGAUGUGACACGUGGAGGAACGCGCAGAGAAGGCUGGGGCAGCGCGGAGGCGACGGAGAUGGUGCUCAACAAUCUCUUCUACAUCACCGCAAAGUUCUCGGACGAACAUCCUAAAGAAACGGAAGAGCUUUGGGCAACUCUGUGUGGUUGUUGGCCAAACAAUCUCAAAGUUAUAAUCCGCUAUUUGAUUAUCGUCUCGGGAAUGGCCCCUCAGGAGCUACUACCAUACGCAAAACGUGUGGUAUUGUAUCUGGCCCGGGCGCGUCCGGAUCGUCUUGUCGACGAAAUGAUGACAGAAUUGGAGACGGUCGAGACCCUGAAUUGCUUGAUCGAGCGGACAGAAACGCCGCCCUUCUACCGGCUCACAAGCAUGAGAAAAGCCUCGUCGCACAGCGACGCGCCGGCCGCCGAUCCUGCCAAUCCUCCCCGCGAUCUCGGCGUUGAAAAGGGCACCAUUCAUACGAAAAGACACUCUGGCGAGGAUCCCGUCAAGACCGGCUCGAAAUCCGAUACCGCACUCCGAGCGCUCGCGGGGUUUCAAACUCCAAGGGCAGAAAAGACGAGGACUGCGAGCGGUCCGCCAGUUCUUCCAGACGAUCUAUCAACUCCGACGACGGAAGCCGAGUUAACUACCGACGAGUCGUGUUACGCCGCACGUAACGGGCCCGCCGGGGUGAACGGAAAGAUGCCGUGCGUCGACGAGAAGUUCGAUAUUCCUCAACCGCAUCCCCUGCCGAUGCCGGAAUACGGCGGGUACUUCGCUCCCCUGACUGAAUACCUGCCCGAUAGCUCUCAGCCGAUAAGCGGAUUUCACAGAUGCAACAUCGCUGUGAUGUUGCUCACCGACGUCGUCAUCGAUGGGAUCCAGCUCGAUUGGGCCAUACACGUUCCCUUGAUGCUGCACAUAGUCUUUCUCGGACUGGAUCACUCGAGGCCGUUGGUGCGAGACCACUGUCGUUGCUUGUUGUUAAACCUGCUGGUCGUGCUCGGCGAUCAUCGCGAUCACCUCGGCGUGGCGCGCGUCCUGCUCGCCUCGAAGACGGAGCAACUGGGAUUAGGCCUGUCCACCCCGACUCUACCGGUGCUGGAACACAAUUUCACGGAGAUGGACCCGGAGUUCGACAGCUAUCUGUACGGCCCACCCGCUGUCCCGCCGCCGACGACACCGCCACCGUCGUCCUCGCCGCCUCCACCAUCCUCGCCGCCGCCUCCGCCGCCUCCUCCACCGCCGCCGCCGCCACCACCUAUGCCUCCCGAUUCUUCAGCAUCUCCGCCGGUACCCCCGCCACCCCCGCCGCCUCCUCCUCCUCCGCCGUUACCAUCUUCCUCGGUUGCGGACGGAACGCCUACUCACUCGUCUUUGUCGAAUUCAACAUCAACCCCGCCGAUGUCGAUGAAUCACUCGAAUCAGUCGGCGACGGAUGAUAGUAAGGACUUCGGGAAUUCUCACUACGAACCAGCGGUGUGCAACAGUUGGCCGACCUCGAGCGGAACGACGACGAACGCGGUGCCGCCUGUUAUCGUGACGCCGGAGGACACGCAUAAUUGGACCGGUCCUCAGCCGGGUCCUAAUAUGCCGAUACAAGACGUCAUCAAGUCCCUGAUCAAUUUCUUAGCCUCCAGGACAAAUCAACCGCUAUGGAAUUACGAGGAUAUGACUGCCAAAGUGUGGUGGGUGCGUAGCGCCGAACAACUCACGAUAUUAUUGCGGCACGUAUUACGCGUCUUUAGAGACUCCUUGCCCCACGCUUUAGUCAGCCAGAGAUGGGCGCAAACGGCGCUGCAAUUAGGCCUCUCCUGCUCGUCCAGACACUACGCCGGGAGAUCGUUACAAGUUUUCCGAGCGUUGCGCGUCCCCAUAACGUCCAGAAUGCUGUCUGACAUUUUAUCUAGGCUGGUGGAGACAGUUGCCGAGCAAGGCGAAGACAUGCAGGGAUAUGUAACAGAGUUGUUGCUAACGUUGGAAGCGGCUGUCGAUUCGCUCGAGUCAGACUUUAGACCGCUCGAUUUCAUGAAAGAAAUAUUCAAGUCGACACCUAAUUUGAACAACAAGGAUCCGGUAUCAGGAAAUGUAAUCGGGGGGAAGCGUAGUCCAGGAGGUGGAAAUGGUUAUCCAGCUGGGCCACACAUGUUCUCUCACUUGAAUCAAGGCGGGCACACGAGGAGCACCAGCUACUCAGUUAGUUACUGCAUGAAGAGAUCCAGUGGUGGAAAUUCUGCGACUAGCGAUAUGAAAGAAUUGGAGAACAGAACUGGGGGCAACAAGUAUCCUAACUCGAAUCUGUCUAGAUCAAGGUCGGCACAGUCCUUGAAGUUACUGGGUGACUCCGCCACGCAGGACGACAAGAUGACGAUACUAGCGCAACUGUUCUGGCUGUCGGUAUCCCUGCUGGAAUCGGAUUACGAGCACGAAUUCCUCCUGGCGUUGCGGUUACUCAGUCGCGUGCUGCACAGGCUACCGCUCGAUCGACCAGACGCCCGAGACAAAGUUGAGAAACUGCAACAGCAGCUGCGGUGGAGCUCGUUUCCCGGUGUACACGCGCUGCUACUGAAAGGAUGCACCAGUCCGAAUACGUACGAACCAGUUGUUACGCUGCUGUCCCAAUUUACACCUCUGCUAGAUCUGCCAGUGGUCGACCCCACGCAAAGCCUCGCGUUCCCGAUGAAUGUUGUCUCGUUGCUGCCUUACAUGUUGCUGAACUACGAAGACGCCAACGAACUUUGCAUCAGAAGCGCCGAAAACAUUGCACAAGUAAGCGCAGAAAAGGGGAAAAAAUUGGAGAACCUCGGUACAGUCAUGACGUUGUAUAGCCGGCGUACUUUCAGCAAGGAAAGCUUCCAGUGGACUAAAUGCGUAGUGAAGUAUCUUUACGACUCCUAUGCUCAUCUUAGUUUCAACAUGCUAGCUUUCCUUGUGGAAGUACUGGAGAAAGGUCCGAGCAGUGUGGCAUUGCCGGUACUCAGUAUUAUACAUUGCAUGUUGCAUUACGUGGAUCUGGCGUCUCCAGCCGCGCAACCGAUCAAUACCGAACUGUUGAGAGUGAUCUCUAAAUACGUCGAGGGCACUCAGUGGAAAGAAGCGUUGAAAAUCUUGAAGCUUGUGGUGACAAGAUCGUCGACACUCGUAGCGCCGCCGACCUCGAUGCACGGUUCAUCCUGGGAUUCUUCGCUAGCAUCGCCGCAUCCUAGCUUCACCGACACGGAGAUAUUUACUAAGAAAGAGUUGCCGGGAAGAACGAUGGACUUCACGUUUGAUCUGUCUCAAACGCCAGUUAUCGGUCGGCGUUGGCUUAUACGUCAAGGCACUGAAGAAAAGUCAAUCAGUUCUCCACGUUGCUCGUUGUCUCUAUCGCCGGCUGAUAAUAGCGCAAUUGCCGGAUGGAAGAGACCGUGGAUGUCGCAGGGCCGUGUCAGGGAGUGCUUGGUAAAUCUGUUGACGACAUGUGGACAAAGAGUCGGUUUACCGAAGAGCCCAUCGGUCAUAUUCAGUCAAAGUUCGGACUUGAUGGAAAGACAAUCAUCCAUGGCUUCUUCAACGGAAGAGGUUUCCGGGGCGAAUAACGAUUUGAGCGGAGGAUCCAGACGAGACGAUGAGCAGUUUGGCGUAUUUAAGGACUUCGAUUUCCUUGAAUAUGAAAGCGAAAGCGUUGAGGGCGAAAGCACGGACAACUUUAACUGGGGAGUUCGACGUCGUCCUCUUAGCGAGGGUGAGGAACGAGAGCCCAGUUUGCGACAGUUCGAGGAAAGUUUAAGUGAGAAAACACCGUCAUCCAGCAAACACACAACACGGCGCGGCGUCGCCGAAGAGUCGUCGGACGACGAGGCAGGAUCGGAAUCACCGCUGGACGAAGUACCAGGAGGAUCCGGAACGGGACAGGAGGCAAACAGCAUCCCGGGAAUGUUCCCGCCGUCUUCUCUCUCGUUGAUACCUAGUCGCACGCGUCACGACUCAUCUACAAGGUCUGACACAUCCGGCUCGAGCGCGGGAGAUCUCGGAGACGUUACGCCCUGCAACGCGUCACCCAAUCUGUCCGCGUUGAUGCCCUUCCGACAGGUUGUACGCGACGAUGCCGAAGAGGUCUGGAGGCAGCAAAUCCAAAGUCUCAUUACUCAAGCUCCGUACAACACUUUGAGCUUCUUCCAAUUGCUGAGCAAGAUCUUAAGGGAUGUGAGCAGUAAAUCCGUUGGUCUUACGCGCGAGGCAAGUGCUUUGCUUUGUAACAGCAGCUCGGCUUCAGCGCACUUGGGUUGCUAUUUAUCUGGCCAUGCCGAGCUACUCAGUUCAAAAGCCGAGCCGCCUCUGGUGUGGUUCUCGGUGGCCAUAUUCGCGAAUCAGCGGCUAAACGAGACGUUGCGCUUUGGAAUGCUGGAGAUACAGGAGCAUCUGGAGACAUUUCUCGAUAGGAAAGAUCAUGCUACGGAAUGCUUGGAGGCAGCUAAAGCAACCGCUAAGCUUCAGGCAUUAGGCGGCAGUCAUACCACGGAAGCGGGCGUCGAAGAGAUGCUGUUGGACCUGGGCAGAGCGCUCUACAAACUGCACUUCCAGCUACUUCUGUUGAUCGAAGCGUCGAACAAGAUGCUAGGGGCGCUGAUGAACGCCGCUAGAAACGUGCAGAUUCCUUUGCAAGAUCUAUCUAUCGAGAUCGCCAAUAUGAAGAUAGCAUUGAGUAGAGCGCUCGAAGAAAGUACUGAGAGUGAACGAGGGACACCCACUCCGACACCCAGUCCUAGUCCUCUUCCGGGUUCCGGAGCCGUGGAAGAAGUCGCCCGAGUCGCCGAACUUUUGAGAAACGCACGAUGGUGUCCGGCGCUCGAAGCCGUAAGACUGCACAGGGCACAAUGGCCCGGAGACCCCUUUCAUGAUGACGACGACGUAACGACUGCCGUUAAUAUGUACUGCAAAUACAUAGGUCAAGAGAGAUCGGAUAUAUUCGUGGUAACAAGAAAGGACGAGGAGAUGUCAGAAAUAUUUGGCAGACUGAUGGAAAGUCUGUUCGAGGUACUGGCGGCUGUCACGGGAUUGGAAGCGUCUACGAAGGCCGCGCGCAAUCAGCAUGACUCUAAUCACUCGAAAAGCGAUUGUUAAUAUAAGCUUUAAUCACAUAGUAUUUACCAAUCGUUCUCGUAUAGAUUUAAGUCAACGUAUAUAUUUAAUUGUCGUACAUACGUAUGUAGAUGUCUUGUAUACGAUGGUAGGUAAAAGUAUGUAUAUAUACAUAUAUCACGAGAAAAGUUCUUAGAUUUUGUUUUUUUUUUAGUGCGAAAAACGUGACAAAUCACUAUCGAAUGUAAAUUUGGCGAAAUAAAGCAUCGAAAUCUCGAGGA